AUGAGUUCCGGAAGUGGUGUCGGUGCUGCAGCUGCUCAGUCGUCAUUGGCCAUAGGACAAGCUGUGUGUCCCAUGGACUGGCUUCAGGCCGGGUGGUCCUGCUACUAUCUGAACCGAUCUGGUGGCCUCUUCUGGACUGAUGUUCGAGUGUCGAAGGAUGCCGGGGCUCAUCAUGUGCACAUAGAUUCAGAUGAAGAGUACCAAUUUGUGCAGGACUUGAUGAUGGAAAACGGAAUUUCACAGUUACUAUUGGGUUACCACGAAGAAAGGCCUGAUACCCAGCGUUUUGUACGUGUGCCCGGUGGGUACGAGACAUACAUGACAGACAGUCUCGGCGGGGGUGGAGGGGAGUACCGGAGACUUGUGUGCAGUGGAUCAGCCUGCACGGUGGCAAGCUGGGGCGGAACCUCCAUUCCCACACUGUAUGAGAUGGAGCUAACCCAAACAGAGUUCCCUGCAGCCAAUGUGUGUCCUGUCAACUGGAAGUAUUUCCACGGAUCCUGCUAUAAACACAUGGGGCUUGACAAAGUCAGUGCGGUGACUGCCCAGGAGAAGUGUGCCGAGGUCUGGGCCUAUCCUGUGGAAGUGGACUCACAAGAAGAACUCAGAUUUGUGGCUAAUCUGACAUACAGGUCCCACAACACAGAGUCGACAAUAGUAGGUAUGUCGUAUGAGAACAUGGCUGACGGAAGGGGGAUGCAUGUUAACCGGAACUGGAGGGCCCCGGGGUGGGACAGCUGGACCUAUCGGCCACUGACCAGUAAUCAGUGUGUCCAGCUGAAAUGUUCCAGUGGCGGGUGUUACUAUGACGACAUCUCUUGCACAGCGGAUAAAACCUACUACAUCUGUGAAAGAAGUGCAGGUACGCAGUGUGGGCCCGGCUGGGUACAGUCGGGGGGAGCCUGCUACUACAAGCAUGUCGUGUCCAAUGGCAACGCCGCCACUGACCACUGCCAACAGGCAGGCUAUACUGCAGUGGUCAUCAAGAACGUCACCCACAUGGAGAGGCUUAUACACGACCUUGACAUUGGAGAGCGGAAAUGUCUGACUGGUGCCACGUUGUCCGGCGGCAGGUACACCUGGGGCGCGGGCGGAGAUAGAACCUUCUUUGAUAAAGACAUGGUUACAAAGUCUGCAGCCUGUAUCGUCGUGUCUGGUGACACUGCCAUGUAUGGUGUGAGUCCGCUGUGUGCUACAGACUGUAUCAUAUGUCAACAAGAACUCCAGGCAGAUUUUUCUGUUGACAAUGUUCAUUUCUAUGAACGAGUUCUAUCAUCAGCUGAAAUCAGCAAUCUCUCACGGGAAGAGGGUCUUGUAGAGCGUCAGCUGAGUUGUCCAAUGAGCCCAGAGAACAUCAUAUCAUCGACAUCCAUCAGUUGCAAUGUCACAGACGGAAGUACUGUGACUCCAAUCACCAUGGUGACUAGUGAAUCGAAAAUAGUACCAGACUCACUUGGAAGACAGUCUGUAUCACUUGGAGAUGGCGCCACGUGGACCAACCCGGGCGCAUUUGGUAUUGCUGGAUCGAGACCCGGGAUAACGUGUGCAUUCUGGGUCUAUGUGUACUCUGACACAGUGUCGGUGUUGUUUGAUUCUAACACAAGCAAACCUAAUGGGCUGACGGUCACAUAUGCAAAGAGAAUCCUGACUGUCCACGCAACAGAACCUAACUUCGAAUGGUCCACGUGGACGUUCUUCCCUAUCCAAGACUGGACACAUGUUGCUGUGACGUGGCAGGAGACGUUAGGGCUGUUUCUGUAUGUUAAUGCCGAGUUGAUGUCCAGCAACACAACAGGGAUGCCCCGGCAAGGUUAUCUGACUCAGAUCAACAGCCCUAGUCAACUACUACUGGCACGCCACGUGAAUGGCACAACAGCAUUGAUGAAACAUCUGGUCGUUUCCAAGCCGGUUUGGUCACAGGAAAAUAUUGAAAAGACAUAUGAUGCCGCAAGCAUACGAUACAGUUUAGCAUUUGACGAGGACUACAGGGACAACUUGGACAACCUGCCGAUCAUACGGAACAAAACGUUGACGUCACUAGUGUGGAGAAACUCCUUCUUCUACAGCGCCUUGCAUGUCAACAACACCAACAGUAUUGAGGCCGUCCCAGCCGCCGUGUCAACAGGCCAGAUGAGGAACUGCUUCACCAGGAUAGAGUCAUGUAAGGGGCCGAUGACAUUAUCCUUCUGGCUACGACCCAUCGCCUUCAAGAGUCCGCAAACUUACAUCACUGCAUACACUCCUUCAACCAUGCAUGGGAACAGAAUUGUCUCAAUGAACGUGUCCUACGACAACAACAAAGAUGUCUUCCACUUCCAACUCCACCGCAGCAAACUUGAGUACGACUUCACAUUCUCCAUGGACUUCCUGCAGUGGUCCCACCUUCUGGUUAGUCUUGGUGACGACUGCCACCUGUUGGUGAAUGGAGAGACGAUAGACAACUUGACGACUUCGCACCUCCCGACUUACAUAGAUCCAGUCCAGCCCUUCUCGUAUCUGGAGAUAGGAACACAUGGCGUGUUUGACAUAGAUGAUCUACAGUUCUUUGGUGUUGUGAAGCAGCCUUGGGAACUCUAUACAUUGAGGUCCUGCAAGGAAUAUCAUUUAGCUGGUUUCCGCGGCCGUCGACGGUUACAAGUCAGUGUUGACAACGUGGAUGUCAGUAACGUCAUAUGUGUGUUAAAUGACACUGAGAGCCUAACUGUCGUGGUUCAUGACAAGGUAGACAAUGAGACACUGUCUGGCACGUCUACCACAGUGCUGACAUACAACGCAUCAACGUCAUACCUACAGUCACUGCGAGACGAGUCCCAGCAGUGCAGACAGUACGUGGCCUACUACUGUCUUCAUACAGGUUUAUUUGGAAACCCCGGUGGUCCGGCCACUACCUGGAGAUCGCUGGACAAUACUAACCACUCCUACUGGGCAGGGGGAGAUUCUACAGUCCCACACUCCUGCUCCUGCUCUGUCAGUGCAUCCUGCCACAACGGUGCUCUUUGCAACUGUGACGCUGGGGCCACUGACGACAUGACCAGGGUAGAUGCCGGCGAGCUCCGAGAGAGGCAGCACCUGCCUGUUACAUCCAUCACGGUCCAUACACUCGUUGCCGGAUCGGCAAGUCUGUAUGUUGGCGACAUAGUCUGUGCUUCUCUUGGUUACGAUGGGGUUGUUCUGACCAUGGAGGAGGGUGAUGAACAGAACUCAACAGAUGAUGGCAUAUACUUUGACUUCAAACCAUAUGGAACACACGGAUAUGAAAAUGGUCUCAAUGGUUUAGCAUUAAGCUUAAACAAAACAGGGUUCACCCUCAAAGGAGUCAACUCGAUCUGCUUCAAAGACAUCUCGUACUGCACGUUUGGUGUCUCAGUCACCCUGUGGAUGUCCAUCGACAACAUCCCAACCACAACAGGUAAACUCCAAGUGGUACAGCUAGGUGGGAACCCUGAGGCCAACAUCUCUGGGCUGAGCUUCAGUUGUGAGGCUAUCUCAGACAUUUCCGAUCGUGUGUUGUGUGUAGUUGCAGCAGCAGGAGAAACGUCUCGGUGGAUGUUACAGUUCCCUGUCCAGAUCAGUCGCUGGAUACACGUGUCUAUCAGCUGGAACCCGCAGCAGGGACUAAACGUGUACCUGAAUGGUCAUGACAUACAUGGAUUAGGGGUCAAUGCGACUGUCAUGUACAAUCAGACCAUAGGGAAGCUUUCCGUUCAGGAGGAUCUGGGGAUAGGAUACACAGCUGGCUCUGAUAGUGUUGGAGUGUGGAGGCUGGAUGACAUUUGGCUCGUGGAAAGGGAUAUCUCUGUCAGUGAGAGCAGAGUCAAUUAUGGUCAUAUGUCGGUGUGUGGUGAUGGCUGGAUAUACAAUAAUGUAACGAGCCUGUGUUACAACAUGACAGCCAGCGCCACCUACUGGUCACAGUUAGAAGCAGAGAUCCAAUGCAACAGUAAAGGAGGGACUCUUGUUGUGGAACAAGAUGCUGCCGUGCAUGGGUGGCUCGUUGACAAUGUUCUUAGUCCAAGUGGUCUCGAGACAGGUGUCCACAUUGGGUUGUCAAAGACUGGAAACGAUGGGUCGUACAGAUGGUCCGAUGGAACCAGAGCUGCCCAUCUCCCAGACAGCAUGGAGGAACCUGCUGCUGCCUUCUGUGUGAUGCUGGAGCAGGUGACCUGGAGAUAUGUUGCUGUAGACUGUGGCCAUCACUUAGCGGCGCUCUGUCAACGAUCUCCUUUCAGGAUUCCCAAUAAAGAAGCAUUCCUCGGCAAAGACAAUCCGACUUUCAACUAUACCACCUUGCCAACACCCGACACGGAUAAUACAGAUGGCAUUAUUGGGACUACCACCAAUUUCUCACUGAACUAUGCUGUUGCACACUACACUGAUGAGUGUCUGAACAACUUCAGAUUCUGCCACAAUGGCUGGUCCCUGUCAGCCUGGCUUAAUCUUGUACCAGUCCUCAACUCAUCCAGUCGGGAGGUCGUGUUAUCCACCCAGCAAAACGGCAGCAGUCAUGGCAUUACCAUAUAUGGGCAGAAUGAAGGAGACUAUUACUUUAUGAACGUAGCUGUCCGCGACUGUGAAAAUCUAACAAGCACAAGAUUUGAAAUAAGCACCUACUCCUGGAUACAUAUGUACAUAUCCGUCACCAACAGCUCGGAUAUAUAUGUGUCUUUCAACGGUCAAAACAAUACCUAUAUUGAAAAUACAAGAGUUCAUGAAUCAUGUACGCCUCCGGAGAUCGGAACCAUUGUGCCAUUAUCCAUUGGUGCUAAUCCUUUGGGUGGAGAACAGAUUAAUGGUAGGAUGGACGAGAUCGAAGUGUUUGAACACGUACUUCUGGAACCAGAGGAACUUCUGACAGAAGUGUCACGGUAUUCACAAUCAGCUCAGAUGGAGCUCAAUUUUGAGUACAAUACAAUACUAAACCUGCAGCCAUCAACACAGAGACUGCCAGGAAAGUUUGGGUACGCCAUGUUCAUCGAUUCCGGGGAUUCAGUGAGCCAUAAGGGACAAUUCACUUUCGACUGUUUUGGUUCAUUUGACAUGUGUGGUAAAGGCUUUACCAUGGUGAUGUGGAUACAGCCUCAGAUGAAUGAAUCAGAAACGGAUUUUGGCAUCGCAUCGGCGAUCAAUCAGCAUCGUGGAUUCAUGAUAACGUACCACACCUCCCAUCCACAAUACCAACACUACCCUGCAUCCUAUUGGUUGACUGUGAGAGACGGGAAAACUGAGUAUAACAUCCCUUUCCACAUUGGAGACUGGUUCUGGUCUCAUCUACUGCUGACAUGGCGUGAGGCUAAACCGUAUCUGUUCGUGAAUGGCUACCUUGUGACGAGCGAUGAAAGUCGGUAUCUCUCUGAUGAUAGCUAUCCUUCCACCCGAUUCCACUUUGGCAAAGCUGAUGAUAGAGUGACCUCCCUUGAUGGAUUCUCUGGUGGCGUGGAUGAGUUCAACUUCUGGCAGCAGCCUCUGACAGAUGCUGAAGCUGUUAGAUUGUAUCUUCAGUCGGUGUAUGUCGAGAAUCCAUUCCACUGGAAUACAACAUCUUCCGGUUUUCCUGGAACCAGUUUUACCCUGACAGACAACUCACAGUACCUCAACCUCACCUCAGAGGUCAUAAGUGGAUCCUGUCAUCUACAGGGCGGCUCAUGUCUUCACGGUUUGACUCUCAGCGUCAUGCUCCGUUUCCUGGACCAGAAUGACCAUGAUCAGAUGAUCCUCACAACGGGAGGUGACACGGACGACGGGACGGGGGUGUUUUUACAAUAUGUCCCUAACAACCAAUCAAUGCCAUUCAGAAGGUACUUCAAACUUGGAGCAAAGACGUUAGACAAGGAGUAUUUUGUCUUCUUCAAUAUGCAGUAUAGACAAUGGAGCCAUGUCGUGGCCGAGUUUCAUCCCAACGUGUCUCUGAAGGUAUAUGUGGACAAGCAGCUUGCAGGGGAAGACAAUGGGAAGGCAAGGACGACCCCUGCUUCAGGCGUCGAUAGACGCUUACUGGUUGGCAAAUCAAGUCUGGAGGUGACAGAGCGGCCUAAUUAUGAAAUUGGACAGAUCGAUAUCUGGGACAAGGCGGUGGAUGGUUCAAUGAAGGGACAGGUUGAGGACUGGAUGCAUUUUGUCCACUAUGAUAUUGACCGCACCGGAGCAACAGUAUCUGAAGGCGUUUCCCUGACUGACUGCUACAGCCUCUGCAGCGAGGACAACAUCACGGAGUGCAACACCUUCUCCUUCUGCCCACACGUGGAGCUGGGGAACUGCUACUUGCUCUCUGACCAACUUACUGUGUCCAGUCUGACCUACUCAGACAAGUGUGACACCUUCAUUCCUGUGAAGCUGCCAUACCUCGGUAAGCUAAGCUGGCCCAUGAAUGUGUUUUGA